AAUUAGGUAACUGGUACCGAAAUAAUCGGUAGCGGCUACCAAAAAAUAAUUGGUAGUGGCUACCGAUUGCCAAUAGGUAGCUGCUACUGAUUAUUUUUUUCAGUGAAAAAGUUACUCCGCAUACGGAGUAAAUAGAGAGUUUGUCUUUUCAUCGGAGUCUUUUGGAUUUUAUUUAAAUUCGCAUUCACUCCGAUUCGGAGUUUUUACAUUAAAAUAACUCCGAAUUUAAUUCGCGUUCACUCCGAAAAUUUUUUACAGUGUAUUAAAAUUUUUUUUUUCUUCUGCUAUCCAAUAAUUAUGUAAAAUGUAAUUUUUCUUUGUGUAAAUUACUUACAAAAAAAAUUUAAUUUAAUUAAAAUUAUUUAAUAUCCAGAAAUUUUUUUUUCACUUUUUUUAGUGGGUGCCCCAUUUUACCCGCAAAAAUGAGAUUUUUUCUUUUAGUGGCAACGGAAAAUUUUUCCUACUGAGUCCUUCAAAAUUUUGUAUUGUCGUAAGUACCCCAUUUUGCCCCCGCCUUCCCUAUUUUUAUUCAAAUAAGUUAGGAAUUGAUUAAGUGGUGAAUUAUACUCCAGGUAAUUUUUUAUAUUUUUCCGAGGCUAUCAGCUAAUGUAAUGUAUUAUGGAUAAGGGUAAUGUAAUAUAUAGUCUUGUACUAGCAAGUGAAAGCGUAUGCUCAUCACUUUUACUGUUUACGGAGGGUGAGAAGUUUACUUUGAAACACUUAAGCUACAAGUGACCUUUGAUUGACCUAAUGCUCUGCGAUAAAUUACUCUAAUAAAUAACUUUCAAUUUUAAUUAUACAUUUUUAUAAAAGUAUGUCGCCAUUAAUUAAUUAUAUAUAUCAUUGGUUCCUCAACAAAAUAAUUGAAUAAAUUUUUUUAGAGAAAAAGUUGGAAGAGAAAAUCCAAUCAAUUCAUUUGUAAAAAAAAAAAAAAAUAAAAUGAAUUGAAAUAAUUGAGUGUGACAUGAAGUUGUAGUUUAUUUUUAGUAACAAAACCUCUUAACGUCAAUCAUUAAUCGUGAAAAAUUAAAAAUAAAUGAUAAGAGUGAUAAAUCAAAGUGAAUAAAAAUAAUUAAAAUAAAUAAAUAAUUUUUGGCUGGUAAUUAAUUUCGCGAGGAUGGAUAUGAUGAGGGAUUGGGUCGAUUGCAUAAACUGUCACUGGGUAGCAAUGAUUGCUGCUGGACUGUAUACACACAUACGAGAAAUUUGUAUAAUUGGACUGUGCUUUGAAGAAGGGCCAAUAGUACAUCCCUCUUAUUCAUCACUGCUCUUUACUUUUUCAAUUUUGUCGGUCUUUGCUGAGCACAAACCCUGGCCGCGGUCUCUAAAAGAGCCGCCUGUUUAUCUCCUAUACAUUUACGAGAUGCUGGUGGCUGCUCUGGUAGCGAAUUUAUCAACGCGGGCUAUCUGGACACCGCUGGUCCACGCGAUCUGGGCACUGACUCAAGAGUCAAGUAAAUGGCUAAUGUGGAUAAAUUCUCUAAUGGGCUUAGAUCAUUACUCAGUAAUUGCUGGUCUUGCUAAUUUCAUGGCGACGGACGACGCAGCUUCAUAUAUGACGUCAUGUUUGUCAUUAUUAUCAUUUGUGUGGAUGAUGGACGCCACGGAAUCACUCGAUGCUCUGCUCGACUUGAUAUCCAAGUAGAUUUAUAAAUAAAAAAAUAAUAAGAAUAAUCAUUGAUAAAUAUUAUAAUAAAUAUAUAAUUAAUAUAAAUAGUGAUUAGUCAAUAGUCAGGAGAAUAUCAGUGCAUUGAGAACCAGCGAGCUAUUGUUUUCUUCAGGAUCAAGAUUAUUUAUUUAUGGCUGAUGGGUAAAGGACUUGGCGCUCGGAGAAUUUCGUUCAAAGAUCCUGAAGUUACUGAUUGGUUUUUUUAUACUCCUGCUCAUAGAUCUCUUACUGAUACAUCUAAAUCUUCGUCAUUAUAAAUUUUCUUUGAAUGAUUUUCAAAUAGUCUGUUAAAAAUUUGUUGGUAAUUUUUUGAAUAAAAAAAACGAAAAUAUUUUUGUCUUUUUAUUUGAAUUGCAAUUAUCUUCAGAGCUGUCAAUAAAACGUGCGAAUGAAUGUCAAAAUUGCGAUGACUUUGGAUCCCAGUUCAAAUUAUUUUGUGUUGCUGCGGGUGUUUAUGUUAUCGUCGCUACAGUUUCGUUGUUCCCGUCGUCAUUUCGUCAGCCCGCAGCACCUAUUCUAUGUCUCUAUGAAUUAUUGGCAACAUUAUUUUUCAUUGAAUUUUUUUUGGCCUGUAUUUGGAGUCCUAUUGACAUGCUCAUACUGACUGUCCUUCCGAAUAAGAUUUACCACGUAACAUACUCAAAGAAUCGGAUCAAGCAGAUGCCGCUGACUGGAUUAGUAAAAAUGAAAUACCAUUGAUAAUAACAUACAUAAUAACUUUUGGUUUUUUUUUAAUAACUCUGCAUAUUACUCGAGCCAUUGAUUAUUCGAUUUAUUCCGAAUGUGGGAUAAAAGUAUUCUUAGAUGUUGCUAUAUGGAGACUUUAUCAAAGAAUAUCAUCUGAAUUCCCGCCCAGUGAUCCUGUCGUCAGGUUUGCUGAUGAGCCGCAUCAUGAUCAGAGAAGAAAACAAUCGAGAACUAGAAACCAUUCCUGCUGUAGAGGAUGCAGAUGAUUUAAUAUUUUUAUAAAUGAAAUUUAAUUUAUUUUAAAUUAUUAUUUUAUUUAUAUUUCCUAAUAAAUAGUA